UAUUAUUUUACUAACAUAUUUUAUUUUGGGAAGGCUACACAUAAAGUAUUUUAAAGUAUUUUCUUGAGAAUACGGUACAUCAAAAUAUGUUAAUUUUUGUAUAGCCUAUUUAAUGUCUCAGUCUUACCAAUAGUUUUCAUAUCAUUACUUUUCACAUUACUAAUAAAAAUGCUUGUCUUAUUCUUGAAAAGUUGCGGAUUUAGUAUCAUCGAAUGUUUACUUUAUUUUAACGUGUUUGUAAUUCAUUUGAAAUAUUGUAACACAUUUAAUUAAUGGACACUAUGUCAAUGACAAAUUUUCAUUUCACAGUUCACAGGGAGAGAUGUCUAAAGUUGUUGUUUACUGGCAUGUGCCUUGGAAUUACAGGAUUUUUGGUUUUAUGGACUCACGUUGGCAGUGAAGAAGUGAAACAACCUCCAACCAGCAUUUUGUUUCAGCACUUUGCCAAACUUAACAACUCCAGAAACUUCUCCACCCCUCCUGCUGAUGUUCAGCUAGAAAUCACUUCAGAAAACGCUGAGUCAAAGUCAAGAUCAUUUUAUUCUGAAAUUGGAAUCAGUUCAGAAAGUUACUCCAGUUUACAGCAGGAACUCUACUGGGCCGAACCGGACAGAUCAAUCACAGAUGUGUCUAUGAGUACAAGUGCGGCUCACUCCACUUUCAUCAUUCAGAACCUGAAAGACAGCUACCAAAUAGGAGAGGAGCUUUUUGUUACUAUCCAUGCCAGGGACUUUAACAAUGAAUCUAAACGUUAUGGAGGAGAUUACUUUCAAGCAAAGCUUUUCUCAUCCGAAAACCCCCCAAAGGCCAGUGUGUUUGGGGAGGUGGUGGAUUUGCUCAAUGGCUCUUACUCUGUGCGUUUUCUUCUGCCGUGGGUUGGACAGGCACAGGUGGCUGUGCGUCUGAUCCACUCCAGUGAAGGGGUGCAGGUCCUCAAGCAUCACAGAGACACUGAUUCAGGCAGAAUUUUAUUUAGUGGAUAUUUUGAAGGACCAGGACCAAAUGGGACCAGGUUGAAAGAAACGGUAAAGUGUAAUGUGAAGUGGGACAAGAAUGGACUGGAGAGGAUGGGGACUGGAGAUUGCUGCUGUGAUUAUAAAGAUUAUCGCAGUGGAGAAGUAUGGAGCUGUCAGAGACCCAAAUCCCUGCCAUGCAGCGCUCGCGUCUAUCACUCUAUGGGCGGGUAUUACGAUCGUGUGACGGCCAAAGAAAAAAUGUUUAUGCGUGAAACCAACAAAGACAUCAAUGGACAAAGAACACCGAUCAAGAUUCUUCCUUCCAAUGGAACAGUGCGAAUUGAUGUAACACAGAAAUGUCGUCCUGGUUUGCGCUCACCAGUUCCAGCUGGGUUUUAUCUGGAUGAUGUUUGGGAGUCCUUUGUGUGUAGCACCCGUCAUUUUAAUGCCGGAACAAUAGCACAGUGCCUGAAAGACAAACACAUCUACCUGAUGGGAGACUCUUCUUUGAGACAGUGGUUUGACUUCUUGCUGAAAGCAGAACCAACUUUAAAGCGGAUGAACCUGCAUGUUGAAUAUCAGGCAGGGCCUCUUAUAGCAGUGGAUGUGGAGAACAACAUUGACUUACACUGGAGGUCUCACGGUCUUCCUCUACGCUUUGUUAAAACACAAGUGACUAAUCUUCACUACAUAUGUAAUCAGAUUGAUGAUCUGACUGGAGGACCUCACACUGUUAUUGUAUUUAAUCUGGGGCCACACUUCACAACAUACCCUCUCGAGUACUUCACCCGAAGAGUGAUGAGGGUCCGCAAAGCUGUGCUAGAUAUGUUACAACGGGCACCAGACACUACCUUUAUAAUCAAGACUGUCAACACCGGCUAUAAGGAUGUGUUUGGCAGUGACUGGUAUUCUCUGCAGUUGGACAGAAUCAUGCGGUGGGCUUUUCAGGAUGUUAAUGUUUAUAUUUUGGAUGUUUGGCAAAUGACAUCCUGUCACUACAACAAAGAGGACAUUCAUCCAGGUCCUGUCAUCAUCAAAAAUGAGAUAGACAUUUUGCUUUCUUUCAUCUGCCCUGAAUGAUUUUGUCAGUAAUCAGGAGGUAAAAGUACAGUCUUCAAUUUUAUUUUAAAUAUAUAUAUUGAAUGUGUUAAACAUGGUAAUACACUUAUAAGUUUCUUUUACAAUAUAAGAAAUAGUGGCAGAAACUGCCGAGGGUGGCAGAUAAAUUACAAACUGUCAAACAAAAUCUGGCACAAACAAACUAAAAAGGUGUUUCUUUUCACUUACAUUGUUCCUACUUUGCACAUUGCUGUUACUUUGCAGGUUCAUUUAUAUAACCUAACUGUGUACAUCAUAUAACAACCCUUAAUUACUUGUUUAUUGUCUCAUUACUAUUCUUUAUAUAAUUAUCUAACUUAUGCCGUAUUAGUGUGGAUGUCACAAGUCCUGUACGUGUCUGCCCUGUCUUAGGGGCUGAUCACACCAACAGCGUUAAUGGCAGUUGCCAUAAAGGCAGGCGCCUUUUUUGAAUUAUAUUCUAUGGGCAGGGAGCGUUUGCACGCUGUUUUUGCCGCCAGCUGCAGCACACGCUUUUGAAAGAGCGCUGAGAGUGGAGAAGCGCCAGACCUUACGUUGUGGUGAGGGAAGUUUACAGUUGCUUUGAAGAACCGGACUCCACUCGCUCACUCUCUCCUGCGUGUUUGCGCACCUCUCACCAUCAAACAAGGUCAGAGCAAGUGACCUUUUUUUAAAGUUUCUGCUAAUAUGACAGUUAACAGCAAAAGAGUGCUCGCGCUUCAAUAUUUGAUUGACAAGACAGCUGACUCUGUGGUUGCUUAGCAAUAUAAAAAGCCGCGUCACACUGCGUUUCCAAGCGUUUAAAGCCCAAUUGGUGUGAUUAGCCCCUUAGUCUGUUUUGUUCCCUCUUGUUCCUAUGUUGCUCCGCCCAUAGACAUUAUAUAUGUAGACGGCCCAUGACGUACUGGAACGUAAUCCAGUGUCGCCGCCAUAUUGGUUGGAUUUCCUCACUAUACGCUAGCACUAGAAUCAAUCGAAGUCAACAUAUUACUAUGCCCGUACUUUGUGCAGCUUACGGUUGCAAUAACCGACGCAGUAUUGCAUCGUCGUCUCUUUCAGGGAAGACCUUGCAUUUUCCAACAUGAAAAUUACUGCAUCAAUUACAACGUCAAGACUGCGUAGAAGAAAGAUCUAAGUACUGAAAUGGCCAACCUGCAGUCCAGAUCUGUCACCCACAGAAAACAUUCGGGGCAUCAUAAAGAGGAAGAUGCGACAAAGAAGACCUAAGACAUUAGAGCAACUAGAAGCCUGUAUUAGACAAGAAUGGGACAACAUUCCUAUUCGUAAACAUUGGUCCUCUUUCAGCUGUUCCUUAUAUGUACAAUAAAAUUUUCCGGCCUCUUAUUGCUACCUCUCCCAACUUUUUUUGGAAUGUGUAGCUCUUAUGAAAUCCAAAAUGAGCCAAUAUUUUGCAUGACAUUUCAAAAUGUUUCACUUUCAACAUUUGAUAUGUUAUUUAUACUCUAUUGUGAAUAAAAUAUAAGUUUAUGAGAUUUGUAAAUUAUUCCAUUCCUUCUUUACUCACAAUUUCCACAGUGUCCCAACUUUUUCUGAUUUGGGGUUGUAUUAUGGCAUCGUAACUAACGUUAACCAAACCGUGUGGAAAUAUGGUAAAAAUUUCGCAGAGUUAUGAUUAUUUUAGUUGGGGAUACACCUUCCUCAGUAGAAAUAAAUACAGGGGGUGCAUUGGAGAACCAUCCAAGAUGGCGGCCACACUAAUACGUCAGCUCCAAUAGGAAGUGUCAGUCUAUGAGGCAUCUACGUAUAGACCAUUUCAAAUGAUGUAAACAACACUGGUCGAGAAACACUUCCUGUUACAGUUUGUGACAGUUUUUUUAUUUCAGAUAUAUCAUUGUCUUUAAGAUGUUUGUUUAAUUUCAGUUAAUUUAGGUUUAUAUGUUCUGUUGGUUUAUUUUAUCCCAACGUUAUUCUAGUGUUAAAAAACGGAAACAGGAAGUGCUUCUGGACCAGUGUUGUUUACAUCUUUUGAAAUGGUCUAUAUAAUGUCUAUGGCUCCGCCCCCUUGGUUGUUGCCAUGGACAUUCAUUGAUUCACCACUUUCGCCUAGUUUGUUGUCUCCUUGUUUGUAAUUUAUUGCCUCUGCUCUGUCAUUGGUUGUCAUCAUGUUUAAAUACUCUGUCUGUUCAUUGCCUGUUGGUCAGUCAUUGGUAAUGUGAAUGUUUUAUGUUUGCUGUCAUGUUCUUGCCUGUGUUCCUGCCCAUGUUUUGUACCGUGUUGAUUAGUUA